GCAGGCAGGACUCUGGCUCUUUAACAACAGGGACAUUUAACUCUCUCCUCUUCUUCUUCUCCUCAUAUGUAUUCCUUCCAGUGCUGAGCUGCUGCUGCUGCAAAGAAUGAAUAAUGACCGCCUCUGUCUGCAGCAGCCCAGGGUUGUUGUUGCUGCUGCUGCUGGAUGCACAGAGCUGGGGAUACAUUGCUCUCCUGGGCAGGGAAGCUGAAGGCAAUGGGCUGUCUACACCGGAGAGCUGCUGCAAGUAAUCCAUCCUGCUGAGGGGUCGUGUGCAUGAUCUACCAGGCCUGUGUGUGGUGGUGCCUCCAUCCCUAGCCAGCCAGCCAGCCCAGCAUCCACACAGACUGACUGACUGACCUGCUGGCUGCUGCUGCUGCUGCUGUUGGGAGAGAGAGAGUCCACCCACAUGCAUAGACCGUUAAAUAGGCAGCGAGUCUCAUGUGCAUCUCUCAGUGAGACCGCAGCACUAGGCACAAGCUGAGCAAAGGAGCAGCAGAGCUGAUGGAAGAACCAAAGGUUGCAAAACAGAAGAAGACAUGGAACAGAAAGCUCAUUUUCUUCCUGGGAGUUCUGUUUGCCUUGGGGAUAAUUGCUUUAGUUGUAACAGCAAUAGUGCAGAAUAAACCUCUUCCACAGAAAAUGAAGUAUGGCAUUGUGCUAGAUGCCGGUUCCUCACAUACCAGCCUGUACGUUUACCAAUGGCCAGCGGAGAAGGAGAAUGACACGGGAGUCGUUCAUCAGCUAGAAGAAUGUAAAGUUGACGGCAACGGUGUAUCUAGUUACUAUCAAAAUCCAGUAAAAGCUGGCAAAUCUCUUCAGGCUUGCAUGCGCAAGGCUCAAGACGCAAUUCCUGUCAUUCAGCAUAAGGAGACGCCUGUAUAUUUAGGAGCCACGGCAGGAAUGCGACUUCUCAGGCGCAAUAACCCAGCAGUGGCUGAUGAGGUCCUUUCCUCGGUGGAGAAUGCAUUGCGCUCUACUCCCUUUGAUUUUCAAGGUGCCAGAAUAAUUACAGGACAAGAAGAGGGCGCCUAUGGCUGGAUUACCAUUAACUACCUUCUAGGAAACUUCUUACAAAAUUCACCCUGGUUAAAUUUUAUGCCAAGUUCUAAGUCGGCAGGAACAUCCGGUGCCCUGGACCUCGGAGGGGCCUCAACGCAGAUCACAUUUGUGCCCGGGGAAAAUAUUGAAUCGCAGGAUAACUCCCUGCACUUCCGCCUGUAUGGACAAUCCUAUAACGUCUACACCCACAGCUUCCUCUGUUACGGGAAAGAUCAGGCUCUCCGCCUGCAGGUGGCCAACAGUUUGAUGUUGCAGGUUGUACAAAAUGUAUCCCUGAUGAAUCCUUGCUUUAACCCAGGAUAUAGCCGGAAUCUUAACACAACUGAGUUCUACAAUAGCCCCUGUGUGUCCGACCGCAAGAUUCUCACUGCACCCAGGAACGUUCAGAUAGAGGGCACUGGCAAUUACCAGCUAUGCAAGAAGCACGUCAAUGCAAUUUUCAAUGUAUCACACUGCAACUAUUCUCGAUGUUCAUUCAAUGGCAUUUUUCAGCCAACUGUACAAGGAGAAUUUGGGGCCUUCUCUGCGUUCUUUUUUGUAAUGGACUUUUUAAAACUGACCAAGGAGAAAGUUUCCCUGGACAUAGUGAAGGAGACGGUGGAAAGACACUGCUCUAAGCCUUGGAGUGAGGUGAAGAAAGAGUCUGGAAAAAUUAAGGAGAAAUAUCUAAGUGAAUAUUGUUUUUCCGGGGUCUAUAUUCUCACCCUUCUUGAACUUGGUUACGGCUUUAACUCCAGCAACUGGAAUGAGAUCACAUUUUUAGGAAAGAUCCAUGGCAGUGACGCUGGCUGGACUCUCGGGUACAUGCUUAAUUUGACCAACAUGAUCCCAGCGGAGCUGCCUCUGUCGCCCCCACUUUCUCACGGCGGAUAUAUCGGACUCAUGGUUUUCUUCUCCGUUUUCUUAAUAUUCAUCAUUUUGACUUGCUGGCUGGGUUUCCGGAAGCCAAGGUGUCUACAGAAAGGCAUAAUCUAGAUUUAGAGAACAGAUUACUAGGGAUUCAUGGAGAGCUGUUCCGCAGAUUUUGCUUGCCACGGAUUAACACGGUGACUUUGCAGACAGCAUCAACCAAUAAGAAGAGAACACGGAACAGAAAUCAAACAGCGCUUAUUAGAAGUUGGGGCCGUACAAGUUUUACAUGGACCCGAGCCGUCGCUCUUGAGCGGAUUAUUUUAUCAACUUCAUAUUUAUAAAGCGCGUAAUUAACAUUAUCCUUUUCAAGGGGGAUAAGAUAGAAGACUGUGAGUAGGAAACAAAAACCAAUGAACGUACCAAUGGAGCUUGUGUUGAAGACUACAAGAAAAAAAACUCAUCUCAGGUUACACCAUAUAAUUAGCUCUAUUACUGUAUUUUUAUAAUUCCUUUUCAUUUAUAAUAGGUUGCAUUCCUUUGUCCUUGUCAAGAAAAGCCAUAGCAUUGCUUUUGUGUACGCAAACACAUUAAGUUUAUAUAUAAAAAAACACAAAAAACGUCAA